GCUCCACACGAUCGCAAACCAAUCACGGACCGACAGGUAUACCGCCGGAGAAGGAAACCGUGAAAUUGUUCCAGCUCGGCCAACGGGAUCGGUCCAGGCGUCCAGGCAGAUUCCAUCAGUAAACCACAGAGAACAAAACACGCAAAAUGGGUUCGAAAAGUGCUACCUCCGGUUACCGGAACCGGCUACUACUAGCAGCUGCCGGUCUUAUCCUAUUUUUGAUUCCGUACAGUGUCGCCCUAAAGGAAGGCGAGUGCGAGGUUUGCGUCAAGGUAGUGGACAAGUUCGCAAACAGUCUUACGGAUGAGGUGAAGAAGGAUACGAAGCGGAUAGAGGAUGAGUUCCGUACGUUCUGCAAAAAGUCCAAAGACAAGGAGCAACGCUUCUGUUACUACCUCGGAGGCAUGGAAGAUUCGGCCACGGGUAUCCUGAAUGAGCUUUCCAAACCGGUCAGCUGGGGGAUGCCGUCGGAUAAGAUCUGCGAGAAGCUGAAGAAGAAGGAUGCUCAGAUCUGUGAUCUGCGAUACGACAAACAAAUCGACGUCAAUGCCGUCGAUCUGAAGAAGCUGAAGGUGCGUGAUUUGAAGAAGAUUCUCUCGGAUUGGGAUGAGGAGUGCGACGGGUGCUUGGAAAAGACUGAUUUCAUUAAGCGCAUCGAGGAGCUGAAGCACAAGCACAUCAAGACGGAGCUGUAACAUCGUUCGGUGUUGCGGGCCAUGCCAGAAAGUCGAGCCCCACCGCACGCCACCGUUGCUACACGUGUCCUUCCGUCGUCGUUGUGUUCCAUGGCCAGGUGCCGCGCUACCACCGAAGUUAAUUUAUUGGUCAUCCGCAUGCCAUGCAAAGCGGCUGCUCAGCGUGUAAUCGGUUGGUGGCGGAAAAGUAAACUGUAGGCCCUGGUGCACGCAAUCGCGAUUUGGUGACUAAAUCACACGGAUAUGCACCAGCUAGAAAUAUCGGGGAACACGUGCGAAAGACAAAAAGAAUGAUCAACUAAAAGGCGUACGAAUGAGAGAACGGAAGCAGAACAGGAAAUAUACGCGUUGGCAAGUUAUACUAU